UCGAAAUGUUCUGAAACAUUUUCUGUUGUGUGUAUAAUUAAUAAAAAGUUCUUAAAACAUGGCUUCUAUACUAAUUAAUGCUAUAAAAAGGCUACAUGUAUCUCCUCAAAUCCGCUUAUGUUCGUUGAAUUCAGCCGCCGUUACAACCACUACCGCAAAUAAAACUAUUAACAUUUUAAAAAAGGAAUGGGAGUUUCCACCGCUGUACACCAAACCCAGAGAGGUUUGGAUCGAGAAUUUGGACAGUGUAGAAGAAAAAAAACUCGGCUUAAUCGAAUUACAUCCCAUGGUUUAUGCGGCUCCACCUAGGAUCGACAUAAUCCACAGCAACGUUAUAUGGCAAAGAAAAUAUAGAUGGGUUUCCUGGGCACAUACCAAGACGAGAGCAGAAGUUCGGGGUGGAGGCAAGAAACCGUGGCCACAGAAAGGGUUGGGUCGCGCCAGACAUGGCUCAAUAAGAUCACCCCUAUUUCGUGGUGGAGGUGUAGCCCAUGGUCCUCGCUCAGGCAAAUCGCACUUCUUUAUGCUACCAUUUCAUCUUAGGCUACAUGGCUUAACUACAACACUGUCAGCCAAACUAGCUCAAGAUGAUCUCCAUAUUGUUAAAGAUUUAGAAUUGCCAACAGAUGAAUCACAGUAUUUGGUUGAUCUUAUUGAAAAUAGGAACUGGGGGCCUUCAGUUCUAAUUAUUGACGACACCGACUAUGCACCAAGGAAUAUUACGGCGGCCACAGAUAACUUGUUGCAUGUAAACAUUAUGCCAGUAUACGGACUGAAUGUAUACUCAAUGUUAAAACAUGACACUCUCGUUUUAACUCAAGCGGCUGCUGAAAAAAUUGAAGAGAAACUAUUAUAUCACUUGCACAGUGAUAAUAGAGAAAGGAUGAAGAAAUUCAAAAUAGAUCAAGUUUAGAAUUGAAAAAGUAAAUAAAAUUGAAAAUUUGUGAAAAAGUUUAAGCUAACAGAUGUACGAAAAUUAAAUAAAUGUACUUAAGUGUACAAACAGCUCUGUCCUUUACAUUAGUGUUUAAAAAAGUAGCAAGCUGAAUCUGGUGAUGAAAAGGGAAGUGAAGUAAGCAAAAUGAAGGUUCAUAAUAGAUCUUUUGUGGCACAUGUGAUGAAAAUUACAAUAUUGUAUCAUUUAGUAGAAUAUUUAGAUUUAUAUUAUAAGAGCCAAUUAAAAUUUCAAAUAAAUACACAUUUUUUGUUCAAAUUUAAUUUCCCCUUUCUCAAAAGUUUUUGUUUACUUAUUUAACACUUAAUGAUUUAUUUUUUUAAGCUGACCAAAUUACUUACAAUUUUAAACUCAAUAGCUUAUAUUUUAUGUAAAAUAAACAAUCUUUUUUUUUAAAUUAAUUUUUUAUUCCAUAUGUUGUGUAUUAUUCCAUAGAUGUCACAUUGUACAAAAAAAACCAUCAAAAGCAAAUUAUUAAUCUGGAAUUGAUGGGUUUUAAAACACAAAGGAAAUAAUAUUCCCUUAGUUUAGUCAACUAUUUUCUUCAUUUUUUCCUUUAAUUACAGGCACCUGUAAUUGUAUUUAUAAUUUAGUAUUAGUGAUACAUACAUCUAACCACAGACCGCACUGUCAUAAGAAUUCAAUGGAAAUGUUUGCUUAUUUUAAGCAAAAGUAAAUAUUAGUCUAGAGGGGUAGAAUUAUAUGUAAAAUAAGUAUUUUCCUAAUAUAGUUCUACAAAGUUAUGAAUAAUGUAGAUU